AUGAACAGAUUCUUGAACAAAGGAAUGGUUGCCACGUUGCAGCGUAGAAUGGCAUCCCAACUUCUCAUCAACGAUUCGAAGUAUGCGUUCCUGAAAGAGCUGGGAAUCAAGGAGAACAACGCAGGAGUGUUUCAUGGAAAAUGGGCUGCUAAUGGACAAACUGUGCAGUCUUUUGCUCCAGCCAACAAUUCUCCAAUUGCAAAUGUACAAAAUGGAAACGUGAAAGACUACGAAAUCGCCAUCACUGAAGCUCGCAAAGCAUACAACGAUUGGUGUGAAGUUCCAGCACCGAGGCGCGGAGAGAUCGUCCGUCAAAUCGGAGACAAACUUCGAACUCAACUUCAAAACCUUGGAAAACUCGUCUCACUUGAGAUGGGAAAAAUCUCAGCUGAAGGAGUCGGAGAAGUUCAAGAAUAUGUUGACAUUUGCGAUUAUGCUACUGGGUUGUCCAGAUCUCUCGAAGGCAAGAUCUUCCCUUCUGAACGUCCAGGACACGCUCUUCUCGAACAAUGGAAUCCUCUCGGAGUCGUCGGAGUCAUCUCUGCCUUCAAUUUCCCAUGCGCUGUUUAUGGCUGGAAUAAUGCUUUGGCUCUCGUCACUGGAAACUCUGUUGUCUGGAAACCAGCUCCUUCUACUCCGUUGACCGCUAUUGCUGUUACCAAACUUGUCGAGAAGGUUCUUGUUGCCAAUAACGUCAACCCGGCACUUUGCUCUCUUGUAUGUGGAGAAGGAGAUGUCGGACAAGCUCUCGUGAAGGACAAAAGAGUCAAUCUCGUUUCUUUCACAGGAUCAUCUGAGAUUGGAAAGAUUGUUGGACAACAAGUUCAAGCACGCUUCGGAAAACUUCUUCUUGAACUGGGUGGAAACAAUGCUAUCAUCGUUAACGAGGAUGCUGACUUGAACAUGGUUGUUCCAGCUACUGUUUUCGCGGCCGUCGGAACUGCUGGACAAAGAUGCACAACUACCAGAAGACUGAUCAUUCAUGAUAAGGUUUAUGAUCAAGUUGUUGAAAGACUCAAGAAAGCAUACGCUCAAUUCGAAUCUAGAAUCGGAUGUCCGUUGGAUUCUAACACUAUCAUUGGUCCACUUCACAAUCAACAAGCUGUUGGAAAAUACAAGGCUUCUAUUGCUGAAGCUAUCGCCUCCGGAGGAAAGAUUGAAUACGGAGGUAAAGUUCUCGAAAGAGAAGGAAAUUACGUUCUCCCGACAAUCGUCACUGGUUUGAAACAUGAUGACCCAGUUGUUCUUCGUGAAACUUUCGCUCCAAUUCUUUACGCUUUGAAGUUCUCGAAUCUCGAGGAAGCUAUUGCUAUCAAUAAUGAAGUUGAUCAAGGGUUGAGUUCUUCUCUCUUCACCAGCAACAUUCAAAAUGUGUUCAAGUGGAUGGGACCAAAGGGAAGUGACUGCGGAAUUGUCAACGUGAACAUUCCAACAUCCGGAGCCGAAAUCGGAGGUGCAUUCGGAGGAGAGAAAGAAACUGGAGGUGGUCGUGAAUCUGGAUCUGACUCGUGGAGACAAUACAUGAGACGUUCUACGUGCACCAUCAACUACAGCAAGGAGCUUCCACUUGCCCAAGGAAUUAAAUUCGAGUAG